AGCUGUUUAGCCGUGACGUCAUCCAACAUGGCUUCCGGCCGGUAGACUAGAGCCACAGUGUGUAUGGAAUCGAACAGCUCUACAAGUUAAAUUUUCCUACCAGCACCUAUGUACAAAAUUUGACAUACCAGGAUCCUUAGGGAUCAGAACCUUUGCUUCGGAUCGCGGCCUGAUUCAGCCGUUCCACCAUGUUGAUCAAGGAAUAUCGCAUCCCGCUCCCUAUGUCGGUAGAUGAGUACCGAAUUGCACAGCUCUAUAUGAUUCAGAAAAAGAGCCGGCUUGAAAGUGUUGGUGAAGGGAGUGGAGUAGAAAUUCUAGAAAAUCGCCCAUACAUGAAUAAGGAUGGAGGCAGUGGCCAGUUUACAAAAAAGAUAUAUCACAUAGGAAGUCAUUUACCAGGAUGGCUCAAGGCGAUUCUACCCAAAUCAGCACUGCGUGUUGAAGAGGAAGCUUGGAAUGCAUAUCCUUACACAAAAAUGAGAACCACUUGCCCUUUUGUGGAAAAGUUUUUUGUUGAUGUUGAAACGCACUACCUUCCUGAUGCAGGGCAGACGGCAAAUGUUUUCAACUUGACCCCAGCAGAGCUUAAUUCUAGGGAAGUUGAUUUUAUAGACCCAAUAUCAGAGGUUGUUGCAUCAGGCGAUUACUUAGCCGAGGAAGAUCCUCUUAUUUACCAGUCGAAGAAGACAGGGCGAGGUCCUAUGAAGGCUGACUGGCUGGAGGCUUACCAGACAGACAACCCACCAACUCCUGUGAUGUGCGCGUACAAGCUGAUCAAGGUGGAAUUCAGAUACUGGGGGAUGCAGAGCAAGAUCGAGCACUUUAUCCAUAGCGGCUUACGGCGGCCAAUGUUAAUGGGUCACAGACAAGCUUGGGUGUGGCAAGACGAGUGGUACGGUCUGACCAUGGGCGACAUCCGACGCUUAGAGGAAGAAACCAAAGCCAUUCUCUCUCAGACUAUGGGCAAGACUCCGGACAACUUGCAGCUGGAGUGUCUAUCGGACAGGGAGAGUGACCACGAGGGAUUCGCAAGUAACAAGCCUCGCGGUAGCGUGGUCCAUAUACCGCCACUAAACUUCAGUAGUGGGGAGAACCACGAAGACUCGAGGCUCGAAAUGAUUUCAAAUUCCGAGAAUGAUGAUUCGAUACCUUCCCCGCAGUCCCCAGUCGCAAUAACUGUUGAACGGUUUGACUUCCAAAGAGAGCAGACUCCUCUUGUAUCGAUCGAGAGGGACCAGGAUUACGCGCGCGCGCAGGAUUACACGCGCGCGCAAGUCAAGCGUGACUCGGCCUCGUUCUCGCGAGAUAGUUUCCCGCGUUCUAUGCGCCCUUAUGAGAGGAAAGGCAGCUGUAGCAGUUUUGAUAGCGUUAGUGGCAUGCUGCCCGCGCACCUCGCGAGGAGGCUCUCCAAGACGGAUGUUCUGAAGGGCUGGCAGAUGAGCAGCAUAGAGACCGCUGACUCCGAGACAGAAGAUGAAUUUUUCGACGCACGAGAGGAUCUAGAGAGCCCUGUGGAUAACGAGCCGAUGGGCUCCAACCUCCUGACCAUACAGAAUGUGGAGCUGAGUAACAGCUUCAAGAGCCUUGAGCUCGACUCUGAUUCCUCUCACGGCAGCCAUGAAUCGCUAGAGUCUGUUGGCUCGUCCGUCAUCGAGCAAGGGCGGCCUCUCCAGCUUCCGCCACGAAAAGAAAAACUCUGCAAGAAGGUGAGCGACACGUCCAUCUCGUCCAUGUCCGCGUGCAAGAUCACCACGCUGCUACUCGUAGUACACGGCGGGAGCCAGCUCGACUGGGGACAGGACAACCAGUCCAAGCACGUGGACUGUGAGCUGCUCAAGGAGAGCUUUCAGGCCGUCAUAAACGCGCAUUACAAGGGAGCAGUUGGUCGCAUCGCUAUCAGACUCGUCGCAUGUCCCUCCAUCUGUUCCAAGGCGCUGAACAUGCUAUCUCAGCUGUGCCCGUAUUCCGAGACUGACUCAGAUACUGCAAGCUGCAACUCCGGGUUUUCCCCAAUCUCCAGUAGUUUCCCAAUCAGCGCCAUUCCACUGAUGGUCAGCUCGUCCCCAGUCUACGAUGAUAUUGUCUCGGCCAUGAUCGCUGCCACAAAUGUUGUUUAUCAGGAAUUUCUUCGAAGUGACGAGGGGCACGGGUUCUCAGGGGAGGUAAACCUAUUGGGCGACUGUAUGGGGACACUACUCGCUUAUGAUGCGCUGUGCGGAACAUUCUUUCGUGAUCGCUCCAGUUUCAGCUCAAAUCACUCUAGUAACUCAUUAAACGGUGAACACGAGCAGACUUUGAACGCAUCCCCAAGGCUCGAGAGGAAGCCACGCCGCAUCAGUGCGCAUGCGCCGCCAAACAAGACGAAUCUAGAAGCCUCUAGAAACCUGCGCCUUAGCCUCAGCAGUGGGAACAUCCGGGAAAACGUAGAAAAACUUCGAGAGGAGAUUAUGGAGAAUAAUCCGCGCGAGGGCCCGCCGAUAUCGCCAAGGCUGCUAAAAGAGCAUGAUAACAAGCAUAGUUUUGAUGCGAUGUCGCUCUCUCUGGACUCCAUUCCGGAUCGCGAUUCCACCUUCGACUUUCCCGUGUCUAAGUUCUUCGCGUUCGGCUCCCCGAUCGGCCUCGUUCUAGCGUACCGGAAGUUCAUCCAAGGGGACGAGGAAAAAGCGGCACCACCGAGACCUUCGUGCAACCAGUUCUACAACCUCUUCCAUCCGUUCGACCCUUCCGCGUCUCGCAUCGAACCAUUGAUCCUACCGCAGUUCUCGCACAUAAUUCCCGUGAACGUGCCACGCUACCACAAGUUCCCGCUUGGAGACGGGCAGUCCCACCAGUUGCACAACGUCCUGGGCGCGCACCCGGAGCUCUUUUUGACGCAACUGUCGCCGCGACUGACUCCGCGAGAUGUCGGCAACAUAUCGCGACCAGGCAUCAAGCGACACGACAGCAACAUGAGUACAACAAGCAUCUGCUCGACGGAUAGUAUUGACAGUAUGCGCCCGCAGUACGACGGCCCGGACUGCGGCGUGAGUGCGUGGUGGGGCACCAAGCGACUUGAUUACGCCCUGUACUGCCCCGAGGGUCUCCAGCAGUUUCCCACGGCAGUCCUAUCGCCCUUGUUUCACGUGAGCUACUGGGAGUCCAGCGACGUCGCUGCCUUUGUUGUCAGACAGAUUCUCCAUGGCGAAUGGGAUAUUGCGAGUGCCGCGUCCCCAAGUAAACGCGGGCUCACCUUCUGUCCUUCUCAACCUCGUGAGAAAUGGCUCAAGCGACGAACUGCAAUCAAGAUUAAGAAUUUGAAUUCUAACCAUCGAGCCAAUGACAUCGUGGUGUUGGAGAACUCGCCCCAGGUUCUCACGGCCAGGUUCAUGUAUGGGCCUCUGGACAUGGUUUCUCUCAGCGGGGAGAAGGUGGAUAUCUACAUCAUGGUCCAGCCUCCCUCGGGGGAGUACGUCCUCUAUGACACAGUCGUGACGUCAAGUGGUGGAAGACUCUCUUACACGUUAUCCGACGACAAAAGGUUGCCUGUAGGGAUCUAUCCUGUCAAGAUGGUCGUCAGAGGAGACCAUACUUGGGUGGAUAAUAAUCUUGCUGUAGUCCCCCCAAAGACGGAAGCAGUCGUGUUCAGCAUCGAUGGGUCCUUCACUGCUAGUGUUUCUAUCCGUGGCAAGGACCCAAAAGUCCGACCGGGUGCCGUGGACGUUGUGAGACACUGGCAGGAGCUCGGGUUCCUUAUCGUAUACGUGACAAGUCGACCGGACUUCCAGAAGUACAAAGUUAUGUCUUGGCUCGCGGAACAUAACUUCCCUUACGGACUUGUCGCGUUCGGAGAUGGCAUUACCAAGGACUUACAGAGGCACAAGACGGAAUUCCUCAAGAAUCUGAGCAAAGAGGCACAUAUAGUGAUACAUAGCGCGUACGGAGCCGUUAAGGACAUAGGGGUGUAUGCGUCUAUCGGCCUCAAACCGAACCAGAUCUACUGCGUGGGAAAACACCACACGAGAAAAUAUGAGAAACAAGCACAGUUUCUCAAGGAAGGCUAUGCGGCCCACCUUACCGCUUUAUCGUCGAGCUCUCGGGCUGCCAUCGGUAACUCCCGACUCAUUCUUCGGCGUGGCUGCUUCGGUCUUCCGACGCGAUCCACGAGAUCCAAGCACAAGCUUCUAAAACGAACCCAUUCCGACAAAUCUCAGAGACAGAAAGAGCGGAGUUCGGAGCCAGACGGUCCUGCCAUUUCUGGUACCUUCAAUUAUUCGUCAUUUAGGCAUACAAAAGGUAGAUCAUCGGCUAAAAUAGACUAACAGGAUGAAAUUCUGAAUUACCGAAAUGAACCGGUAAAACUGGUGUACGGUUCGGUGCUACUUGCUACACCAAAUAAAACAUCUCAAUUCUCUCUCGAACAAGUAGAAGUUAGCGGGUUUACCACCCAUUCCAUUGCUCUGGUAUCUGCAAGGAGAUUAUUUAGUUUUAUUUCAUUUCUUAUUUCUUUCAUAAAUUACUUUUUUUUUUUUUGGAAUACCACUUUAUGUUAUCUGUUUGUAUUAAAGCCUUUACUUACUCUGGGUGCUUGUCGUUCCCAGGCUUUCAAUAAUAGAUCCAGCGGUACGCAACCGCUCGCCGUCUCGUCGGCAUGCUUUCGGGUUUUCGACGGUGUCUUGUCGGCAUGCUUUCGGGUUUUCGGCGGUGCAAGAAGCCCCGAAACCUAAGGAUGUCAUUUACUUGAUUUUCUAAAACGCUUCUUUUCCGGUCAUAUCCUUCCGAUAUAUUGCGGGUGAAUUCUUUUAUUUUGCAAGAGAGUUUCGUAUUCCUAUUGAAUAACCGAUAUAGUGUAACGUCGUUGUACUUAAAAAACAUUCCCAUCGUUCGUUUUUAGGAAAAAAUAGGAAAAGUUUUUCGUGUCCAUAUCUUGUUAAUUCUAGUUUUAUCAUGGGUUACUGUCGUUAUUUAUAUUUACCUUAACGCUCCUCUCUCGAUAAAUGCGCCAACGCUUUCUCAGAAUUUGUGAAAGGAAUUUAUAUUUUAACUGUUAAAGAUGUGGUAUUAUAAUCAUUGCUUCAUUCAUGGGAUAGUCCACACUAUUUAUUCUUUGCUUAUUAUUCAAAGGGCGCGAUGUAAAUAAUAUGAGUAACUCUCGAACUUAGGAUAACAUUUCAUGACUUCAGAUUACUCUAAUGCUAAUGCUACGUCACUAUCGCGAAGGCGAGGCUCGGACAAGACGGCGUUUGUUAACAAUAGUCUUGCAACUUGCAACUUUUUUUUUUAACAAAUAACCAUAUUUAACGGAAAUUAACAUAGAACUUGUAAAAGUUAUAAAAGGCGGCCGCGAUCAAACUCCAGACGUGCCAAAUCAACGGAACGGAGCACUGACAGUCUCACAGUCGAUCAUUAAAUUUGUCAACUUGAGAUACAUUCUUCCAUUUUCAACCUUAGAUUUGGGAAUUUGUAACUGAAAAUAAUGGUCGUUUUACUUGAAAUUUCAAAUCAAAGAAGAACAACACAAAUAAAAUGAAUCCAUGGACGGCCUAUAGCACGCACUAACUAGUGUUAUUUCACACUUACUAUAGUCUAUAUUGUCGAUUCUUUUAAUGUGACGCCCUCACUAAGUAGAACGAGGCGGUUCAACUACAAUGUUAAUAGCAUUCCACCCGGCCAGACCACCUCUCUAAGGCGGACACUUUGAGCAGGUCCCGGGGUUGCCCGUAUAGAGAUAUCACCAUGAAUCAAGUACAAUUAGUUCUUUAUUCUGUCAUUAUAAUAGGCCAUGAAGGAGAGGGCUGGUAUUAUAAGCAUAUAAAGAUCAGCCUAUCCCAAGCGUUCUUAGUGGGUUUCCUGUGUUCGUAGAUUAACCGUGAGGCAGCGUGGGCCCUGAAACUAGCUCACCCUCAAGGGAGCUCUCCUGCGACUUACUUUUACCACCCACAACAAACCCAGCUACCACAGAAAACCUAGCCACCACAGGAAAACCCAGCCAGGGACCCGGCCAGGAACGCCUGUGAUUGGUUGCAUUCUGAUUUGUUGUCGGAUAAAAAUUCCACAACAGAAUAUUUCCUCAUAGUGGAAAACCUUAUUUAGGAAGUUUAAGCAACAUUUAUUUUUAUCAGGAAUUAUUUUAUGUUUAGAUUUCUUAUACAUAAGUAAAAUUCGUCGUAUACACCUAUUUAUGGUUGCACUCGAAGAUCCAGUAACCCGAAAGGGUUCAUGGGUAACAUAUAAAUGGCCAAAAAAGCCAUAUGAAUGUUUAAAGGAACAUAACCAAGAAUAAUGUAGAUUUUAAAACCUGAAUUUUUAUUUACGCUGUUUUAUUUACGCUUAUUUAGUCGAUUCCAAUGAAUCACUGCGGGCUACGACAUCUGGUUUCUCCGAGUACAACUAAAUCUGAAAAUAAGUGUAUCGAAACGACUGAUAGAACCAAAUAGUUCCAAAUAUGGUCUAGUACCAAAUAUGGUCUUCCUGUGUAACGGAAAACCCUUUACUAGCCCCUUGAACCACAGGGAGCCCCUCCCUUUGUGUGUGAAUAUGCCAAAGUUAUAUGGCAAGUAGAUUGUAAGCAUAGCUGUUACCAUAAGUAGAAAAUGUAAUAAAGAUAAUAGGAAAGGAAAAUUGGACAAUCGAAUAAAACAUGAAAAACUGAAA